CUAUAUAGAGAGAGGUCGAUAGAAUCUAAAUUCUAAUAUAGGUAAGUGUAUCUGCAAACAGAUCCAUUUGGCAUUACGUGUACAGAUGUUAAUAUUUGACCAUGAGAGUUGUACAGCUCAAGUUAAAGCAGAUAGCCAAGAUAGGCAUAGGCGUCUUUGCUGUCUUGUUUAUCAUCAUUAUGUUUAAACUGUUACCCUCAUCAUCCAACAAAUCUGAUCUCAACUUAGGCAAGCUAGCUGAUUCUCUACCAUUGCCCAAUCUCCAUCAGAAUGCUCCACUCAACCCAUUUAUGGAUAGCAACUUGAAAGCACCUGAAAAACGUGAGAACCUCAAUGGUGAUGACAUUCCAUUCCCAGAGAAAACAUAUGGCCCAACAGCUGUAUUUAAAGAAGGAGUUAUUGGAAACUAUGAGCCACCUUCAAUAAAACAGUAUGGGCCAGGUGAAGAAGGAGCUGCUGUGGUGGUCAGCUUGGAAGAAAAAGAUGAGGCAGACAGACAAACAAGAGAGUAUGGUUUCAAUAUGGUGGCCAGUGACAAAGUUGCUAUGAACAGAACUCUACCAGACACAAGAAUGGAAGAGUGCAAGUACUGGCAUUACCCAGAAGACCUUCCCACAGCCAGUGUUAUUUUAGUGUUUUUCAAUGAAGGAUGGUCUACUCUUAUCAGAACUGUUCACAGCGUUAUCAACACAUCACCUCCUAAGCUUUUGAAAGAAGUUGUUCUAAUAGAUGAUGGGAGUGAAUAUGACUUUUUGCAGGGCAAGCUUGAAGAGUACAUUAAGCAAUUCAAUGGUCUUGUGAAACUCUAUAGAAAUGGAGAACGCUUGGGCCUCAUUACUGCUAGAACAAGAGGUGCUGAACACUCCACAGGGGACGUCAUUGUCUUCCUUGAUGCUCACUGUGAGUGCAACAAAAAUUGGCUUCCUCCCCUGUUAGCCAGAAUAAGAUAUGACAGGACUAUUUUAGCUGUACCUAUUGUGGAUGGGAUCAACUGGGAUAAUAUGGCUUAUUAUCCUGUUUAUGAUCACCAUCAUCAUCGUGGUAUCUUUGAAUGGGGAUUUCUGUACAAAGAAGGACUAGUGCCACAGAAGGUCCUUGAUCAGAGGAAACAUCCCAGUGAACCUUAUCACGCCCCUACUCAUGCUGGUGGUCUACUGGCUAUGGACAGAGCAUAUUUUUUUGAGCUGGGAGCUUAUGAUCCUGGACUGAAAAUUUGGGGAGGUGAAAAUUAUGAGCUAGCAUUUAAGGUGUGGAUGUGUGGUGGUAGCUCAGAAUGGGUUCCAUGCUCACGUGUUGGUCACAUUUACAGAGGGCCAAGGACAGGUGGUGGUCCCAAGAAACCUUAUCCAGUUCCCAAAGUACCGCACUCUUAUGCUAAUUAUCUGCGAGUGGUAGAGGUAUGGAUGGAAGGUGAAUUCAAGGAGUACUUUUACAGACGAGAGCCCUGGCUGAGAGGAGCACCUUAUGGAGAUGUCAGUGCACAGUUGAAGAUGAAGGAGGAGAAAAAGUGCAAAAGUUUCCGUUGGUUCAUGGAAAAUGUUGCCUAUGAUGUGUAUGAUAAAUUCCCUCCCUUACCUCCAAAUGUUGCCUGGGGAGAGAUUCGUCAUUCUGGCAGUGAUCGUAAGUGUUGGGAUACUCAUAACCAGCCAGUAAAUGGAGGCCCAAUUGGAGUUUACUUUUGUCAUAGUCAAGGUGGCAAUCAGCUGUUCCGUAUCAAUGAAAAAGGUCAGCUUGGAUUAGGUGAACGCUGUAUCAUGGAUGAGAAUCAAGAUACACUCCAUAUACGUUACUGUGACAUUCAGCCAGAAGGACCUUGGGAGUUUAAUAAGUCCUUGGGUCAGAUACGCCACAAGAUUGUCAACAAAUGUGUCGGCACCAGUAAAGACGACAGACUUCACCUGCAGACUUGUGACUCGGAUAAUGAAUCACAGAAGUGGGAAGUGAAUGAAAUAUACCCUUGGAAAUAAGUUCACUGAAGAAAUGUUUUUUAAUUUAUUUUUUGGGGUGGAGAAAUAUUUUGUGAUAAGCUUUUGACCACUAUCUAUGUUCUACCUGAUCACCGUCCUCAUUAACCUGACAGUCGAAUAACCUUCAUUUUUUAUUCUAUCCUAGAUAGUUAUUUUAACCUUUACAUUAUAUUGUUCUGUGAAAGUAAUUUGCCUACUUUAAAAUUUCAUUUUCUAACAGCCUUACACUGUCAACAAAAAUGGACAGAAUAAUGUUAUAAUUUGAAUACUGUUAAAUCAGUUUCUAAAUUAGAAUUACAGCAUUGGCGGGGAAAAGUAGAGUGCAAAUAAUAUUUUGUAUGUGUGUAUUACAAUAUUGUUCAUUUUUCAUAUUGGAUCAGGAAUGGGUUUGAGCAGAUAGUACUGGGUGCCAAGAUACCCAAUGUAGAAAGUACUGGAUGGUAUGAUCCUAAGGGUAAAUUUUUUUUUAGUUUUGCUUCUUGAAUGUGUGUGGUAAAAAUUCAAUCUAAAUUGUUCUCUCCAAGUCUGCUUGCCUGAACUGCUCUAUAAUUUAUUCUCUGCUUAUAUUAGACAAACGGUUUGUAACAUUGCCAUUACUUUCUUAUUGUGUACAUAGGGAUCAUUUUUGUAUUCUGAAAUGUGAAACAAUUCUUGUUUUUAAGUACAAUUUUUGCAUUUGAAUGUUCUUAAAACCUGCACACUUACACUCAACUUCCAAACAUAUUAUUUGAAGAAUUUCAUUCACUUCAAAAUAGUCUGAAAGAAAUACAUUGUGUGUAUUACUUAAACAUUUAUCUAUAUUUAAGUUGUAAUACAGAUCUAUUUUGGUUUUGAUUAAUCAUUUGAGAUCACAGUUUGGUGAUAAAAAUUUGCUACAAUGAGUUUUAACUUUCGUUUUAGUGAAUGAAAUUUGUAUAUGGAACUCAAUAUUUUAUUUUGAUUUACUCCAAUACUGUACAUUUAAAAUUCUCUAAUGAUUCAUUCUUGCUGAUAACAAUGCAUUAUUAUUUUUAUCUGUUGAACAAUAUUUUGUACUAUUUGAUCCAUUUCAAUUGUGGACUUUACAGAGAUCACUCCAAAAGUAGUUUUUAUUGUGAUUGGAUUAGAGAAAAAUGUUAUGCAUAGACAAUGGCUUUGAUUUUAUAGCUUGAAAAUCUUGUUACCCUUCAUAUGCUGGAUCCCUAUUUACAAUAACGUUGUUUCACCCACUCGAACCUUCUGUAAAUCAUUUCAGUGACCUAGAGGCAAGUGAUCUAAAGUUUGUCUGUAAAUAUUUUUACUUUCAUUUCUUCUUACAAAUAUUUGUUUUCAAUAAGUUCAUUCCACCUAUGUAAUUGUUUCCUAAAAAAGUUGUUGUUUUUUUAAUAAAUUAUUAACUUUACAAGGGGAGGGAGAGGUUUUGAACGCAAAACUAUUUUCUGGGCAAAACACUCAGAAGUAUUCUAUUUCACUAUUGUUUCUUUGUUUUUUAAUGGUAUUCAGGCAAACAAAUGGGAAAGGAAGGGAAACAAUGUACACAGCACUGGCCUAUGACAUUUAUUUUUGUACAUUCCAUGGCCUGUAAAGAGAUUGUUUCAAGUAAUCUUAUGACUAGAUGUAUACGUGAAAUGAUUUUAGAUUUGUUGUUACUUAGUGAAUACAAUUGAGAGAGUUUGGCGGUUCAAUAACAAUGUUGAGUUGCUUUGGCAGUUGUUUCAGUUUAGUUCUUUAGUCUGAGUUGACACAGUUCUCUCUUUGGAUUGCUAUUAAAAAAACUCCAUUUAUUAUUUGUGAACUCAAAAGCCUAGAGUUUUCAAGUAAAAAUUUCACUGUGAUAGAAACUAAAGACACUAAUGGUCUAUUGGAAAACAGGCUUUUACCACUAUAAACAAAUAGUUUAUAUGUGUUUGCACUGGGGUUUUUUUUUCUGAUAAUAUAACCUAGUUAAAUUAAUGGCUCGAAUUCUUUUACUCCUUAGUAACCUGAGCAUUUUUUUUUUAAUUGUCUAUGUUGUUGCUUGUUUUAGGGGUAAAAAAUAGCAACUUAGACCAAAACAUUUAUCUUGUGAUCAAUUAAAAAUUGAAAUUCUUUUAUCUAUUUAACAUUUGUAUUAUCCAGAUCUUCCAUGAAACAACCUAGUCUUUUAUAAUCCUAUUUGAAGACAGUUUCCUUAACCUAUUCUGUUUUUGUUCUGUUUAUUACUGACAUUUUUUAAAAUCAUAACUGUGGUAAUAAAUAUGUAUAUAUAUAUUUAGAGAGAGAGAAAGAAUAGACUUGCUGGGUACUUAAAAAUAAAGCAGAGCUAAUUGUUUGUACUAUCAUCACUACUCCUCAUUAACACAAGGCAAAGAUCAGAAGAGGGAAAGUUUUAAUAGUCUUCUGCUUAUAUUUGAAAGCUAAGAGUUCUGUCUGUCUCAUUACUAUAUAUAUGUAUAUAUAUAUAUAUAUUAUAUAUAUAUAUAAUAUAUAACUACUAUAAAUAUACAGAACUUCAUUUUUAAACUGCCUACUUCAAAUGUCUUUUGAAAAGGUUUAAAAAGGUUUCAAUAAAAAAAAAAGUCUUUAAAAAGAAUUCAUUUUUUUAAGAUGUACUAAUGUACUUAUAGUUUAUUAUUUCUAUAUUGUUCUCAUAAUUAUCAUUCAACUACAGGAUGUUUCAAUUAUUUAAGAACUCAAAUACUUACAUUUCACACAAGAAAAAUGUAGCACAAUAUUGCUACAAAAGGUCCCACUGAUAAUGUUAGUCUUGUAGUUCCUCUUGAAUAUUCAUUCAUAGUUAUAUAUGUAGAAGUAUUUUCUUCAAACGUACAUUUGUUCUACCAGUAUUUGUUUUUGAUUACUUAGAGAAUGUUGAUUAAUUUUUCUACACACAAUGACUGAUCAUGGUUUCAAAUGAUAGUGAUGUACUUCACUGAAAUAAAUAUGUAUGAUUUUUUAUAUUUGCUCAUUUUUGUUUUUUCCUAACAUGACAUGUAUAAAGUGAUCUGACUGCACUAGUUUGUUUUUUUUUUACCUGGAAAGGUGAACAAUGAAGACAUGUAUAAUGCACAAUAGGAGGCUAAUGUUUUGAUGUUACUUGGAUAUUAAUCAGCAUUCUAAAUGUGCUAACUCUAAGCCACUGGCAUCCAGAGGAUUAAAAUUUCCACACUAAAAUUGUUUUCUACAUGAAAUAAAAUGGGUGAUCUUUGACCCCUUGUGAAAUAUUACAUAUGUAGUUAUAGAGGAUGUUUGGCUAGAUAUAAAAUAAUGUACCUUUUUAUGCAUUUAUUAAUUAUUUGCCAAAUCUGAAGUUUUUACCUGACAUUUUUAAAAUGAAAUUUGUGUGGCUGUUUCCAAGUUUUAUUAAGAAAUGUAUGUUUUUUUAAAACCCUUGAACAAUAUUUUUUUUAGUCUUUUUUUUUCUCUCUCAAAAAUGAUGAUUGUAAUUUCAAUGUUAAAUGCAGUUAAAUAAAUACUUAUGCUCAGUAUCUAUAGUUGCUAGCUUUCAUGAUGGUAAUUUCCAUAUCCUUCAUUCACAAUGAGGUAAGAGAUAUAGCCAGCCUGGCAACUUCACUUAUUGUUGAAAAAGAUGUUUGUUACACUAUUGGUGAAUGCUGCCUGUAUAUAAUGUGUGUAUAAACCUAUUAGUAAGUAGUUUGAUGAUUUUAUGACAUGUUGCUGAGACACUAACCAUCGUGAUGAUGAUUUUAUGUUAAUAUUAAAACAAAGUCAAUACAGAGAACAUAUGUGUGCCAAGAUAUUUUUGAACUUCGGUUAGGACAGAAUUCAUAUUUAUUGGUUUUGCCUCUAUCUGAAGCAACUAGCACUGUUUAAAUUCUGUCUUGUUCUAACUGCUAUAUAAUAAAGUUUUUAUUAUUGAACAUUUAUAAUUAUAUACUUUCAAUCAUUAUUUUUUCUUGUGUGGGAAUUUCAUUAUUGAAUAAAAUAUUGUCUAAAGUCA